CUGUGGUUACCGCGUCCAGUGGGCAGGAGCAGAAGAGCAUUGUGUACCGCUGGCUUUACCUCAGGUUAUAAAAAAAUAAGGCGUUUAUAGAUUUUACUAUGGCUAGCUCAAUGGAAACAGUGUGCAACAUUCUUGGAAUAGACAGAGUAAACAUGGAUGGUAAAACAAUCUUGAUUGAGGAACAACAUGGUACCAACGCAAAUUUCUUAGUAAAUGCCAUUUUAUCACAUACUUUGAAAAAGAUGAACGCUGCUGUUUGCCUCGUUCUUUGUCAUAAUACUUUUAGUCACUAUCACAACAUUGGCAUGAGAUUUGGCUACAAUCUUCUUGAUCUAAAAGAUAAUGGCCAGAUCACAGUUGUCGAGCCAAUGAAAAUUAUAGCCAGUAAUGUCACCGAUAUAUGCAACGAUUUCGUAGAUAGAACGGAAACAAUAAUACCAGAAGUUACUUCUAUGAAACGUAUAGAUAUUGUACAUAGGCUGUUUUCAUGCGUUAAAGAAAAGUAUGAAGAAGCAGCAAGGUUUACGGCACACAAAUCUGUUGUCCUUAUUAUUGAUGACAUAAACCACUUCCUUGAUCUCGGUCUUAGUGUCCGUGAUACAAUGUAUUUUAUAAGAUAUUUAAGAUCAUUUGUAGUAUUGUAUCCCACGUCACAGCUUUGUAUUCUUGCACAUGUGUAUCAAGGAAAUAUGCAAACUUCGGACGCAGAUACGGUUGCUAAUGCCUUAAAACAUAUGGCACAUCUGUGUGUCACUACACAACCAUUUAAGACGGGACAUUCCAGUGAUGCAUCUGGUAAACUAACUGUUUGUUGGAAAACGAAUUCCAUUAAAUCUAAAUUCCAUUGGGCAGGAAAAGCAACACAUCUGUUCAACUUGUCGGAUUGGCAAGUCAAGAUUUGCGCGCCUGGUGCUAUGUCUGUCCUAUCAUAAGUGAACAGCUUUAUAAGUAAUAUUGUCAUAUUCAGUUUUUGAUGUAAAAGCUGAUCGCCAUAAAUGUUUUUAUGUAAUUCUGAUAUUUGUAUACUAAAACAGAUUAAACAGCUCAAAUCUGACAAUCUUCUAUA